AUGACCCAGAACAUACCAGCCAGUGGGGUGUGGGCCCCAGCCCCGACAUUCCUCAACCCUGAGACGGAUAACUUGGACCUGGAAGCACAAGCUGCUUUCUAUUCGUACCUGUCUCGAACAGGUCUGGCCGGGCUGGUCAUCCUGGGAACCAAUGCUGAGGCGUUUCUGAUGACGCGCGAGGAACGCAAAGUCCUCGUUUCUACCGCCAGGACUGCAGUUGGCCCCGGUUUCCCUCUCAUGGUCGGUGUUGGUUCGCAUUCUACCAAGCAGGUGCUCGAGCUUAUCGCUGAUGCCACUGAGGCCGGUGCCACCUUUGUGCUUGUUCUUCCUCCGGCCUAUUUCGGCAAGGCCACCACUCCUGAAGUAAUCGAGAGGUUCUUCGAUGAAGUUGCCAAGAAUAGCACACUCCCAAUUGUGCUUACCUGCGGUUCGGUGGCAAAAAUCGCACGUCUGUCUGGUGCUUUGUCCAAUUUCGCGACUUUCGGUGGUCAAUCCGACUUCAUCAUAGGAGGUUUGAGCUCUGGGUCGGCGGGCUGCGUCGCAGCCUUCGCGAACAUCUUCCCAAAGACUAUUUUGAGGAUAUAUGAUCUCUACCGUCAAGGGAAAUACGACGAGGCGUUCAAGUUGCACCGCAUUGCUGCCCUGGCUGAACAAUACAUCAAAGAGGGCGUCAGUGCAACCAAGUAUGCGGUGGCAAUCCGAAGUGCGGCAGCUGCCGGAAUCGUCGAUGCAGUCACCAAGCUGCAACCAAGGCACCCGUAUGUUGCGCCCAGUGACACUGCGAAGACAGCUAUACGUGAAGGUACCAAAGAAAUAGCAAAGAUCGAAGACAGUUUGCCUCUUUCGGCAUGA